CAGGAUCUAUCUGACAUCAGCAAUGAUAUCCCUGUUUCUGCGUCCUCUUCUGGAAUCCAGCUUGAAUUUCUGGCAGUUCCCUGUCGAUAUAUUGGUGCAGCUGCUUUUGAAUGAGAGAAUGCACUAUAGAACACAAUUCACACAAAUCCACACUCUGUCCUGAGUGAGGUUUUGAUUUCUCCUCUGGCUGAACACGGGGGAGCAGCACCUAGAGGAGCUGUGCUUUAGGCACUAAAGAUGCAGCAGUGAACAAAGCAGACACAGACACCUGCUCUUAUGGAUCUGAUUUUCUUAGUCUUUAACAGCAAUAGAUAACUCAGCACAGAGUGUCAAUUUGUAUGAAUUGUGUUCUAUCAUGCAUUCUCCUAAUAGUAAAUGGAUUUAAAAUUUUCUCUUCUAAAAUUAAACAGGAUGUAAGUCACUCAACAGAGCAGAAAAAAAUCUAGUUUUUGUGAUUUAAUAAUUGAAAUGUUUGUUGUGAUAUGAUUUUUUCACAUGAGAAUUAAGUCACCAUCUUCUAUUCAUAAAAUAGCCCAAUUGCACUAUACUGAAUUAAAAAAAAUUGACAAAGGAUCUUAUCAAUGGUACACAUUGGUCAAUCCUUAUAAUAUUUCUUGAUUAUACUCAUUGAAUUGCAGUAUUGUUUUCCUCAAAAGUUGUCAGGCAUAAUGUGUUUAUAAGCUUAUAAAAUCAAAGUCCAGUAGCUAGCUGGCAGUGACGUUACACAAAUGUUCACUUCUCUAUAAAUACUACAUGAAUGUAACUUACGAUUUCAGAAGUUACCAGGAGGUCUUGGCCAUGAUCGGUUCUUCUUUUCCAACUUCUGCAGCAGUUUUUGCCCUACUUGCCCUGAAUGUCAGUGCCCUGGACACUUUCCUAGCUGCAGUGUAUGAACAUGCUAUCAUAUUGCCAAACAAAGCAGAAACACCCGUUUCUCAGGAAGAUGCCUUGCUCCUGAUGAACAAGAAUAUAGAUAUUCUGGAGAAAGCGAUUACAGAGGCAGCUGAGAAGGGCGCUCAAAUCAUUGUGACUCCAGAAGAUGCACUUUAUGGAUGGGACUUUACUCGGGAAACCAUUUUUCCUUAUCUGGAGAAUAUCCCAGACCCUCAGGUGAACUGGAUUCCAUGUCAAGAUACCCACAGAUUUGGUCACACACCGGUGCAAACAAGACUCAGUUGCUUGGCUAAGAACAAUUCUGUCUAUGUCUUGGUGAAUAUUGGGGACAAAAAGCCAUGUAAUUCUCGUGACUCCACAUGCCCUUCCAAUGGCUAUUAUCAAUAUAAUACCAACGUGGUGUACGAUACAGAGGGAAAACUGGUGGCACGUUACCAUAAGUACCACCUCUACUCUGAGCCUCAGUUUGAUGUCCCUAAAAAGCCGGAGUUGGUGACUUUCAACACUUCUUUUGGGAGAUUUGGCAUUUUCACCUGCUUUGAUAUACUCUUCCAUGAUCCUGCUGUGACCCUGGUGGAAGGUUUCCAGGUGGACACCAUCCUCUUCCCGACAGCUUGGAUGAAUGUUUUACCCCUUUUGACAGCUAUUGAAUUCCACUCAGCCUGGGCAAUGGGAAUGAGAGUUAAUCUUCUUGUAGCCAACACACAUCAUGUCAGCCUAAAUAUGACAGGGAGUGGCAUCUAUGCACCACACUCUCCCAAAGUGUAUCAUUAUGAUAUGGAAACAGCAUCUGGAAAGCUUCUUCUUUCAGAGGUGGAUUCACACCCUCGCGUCUCUCCUGCCUACCCAGCAGCCAUAAAUUGGAGUGCCUACGCCAGGACCAUCAAACCAUUCCCAAUACAGAAAAACACUUUUGGGGGAUUUAUUUCCCGUGAUGAGUUCAACUUCACAGAACUUUAUGAAAGUGCAGGAAAUCUUACAGUCUGUCAAAAAGAGCUCUGCUGUCAUUUAAGCUACAGAAUGUUAGAAAAAGAGGAAAAUGAAGUCUAUGUUCUAGGAGCUUUUACAGGACUUCAUGGACGAAGAAGACUAGAGUACUGGCAGGUAUGCACAAUGCUGAAAUGCAAAACUGCUAAUUUGACAACUUGCGGACAGCCAGUAGAAACUGCUUCGACAAGAUUUGAAAUGUUCUCCCUAAGUGGCACCUUUGAAACAAAGUAUGUUUUUCCCGAAGUAUUACUUAGUAAAAUUCAUCUGUCACCUGGAAAAUUUGAGGUACUAAAAGAUGGGCGUUUGGUAAACAAGAAUGGAACAUCUGGACCUAUCCUAACAGUGUCACUGUUUGGGAGGUGGUACACAAAGGACUUACUUUACAACUCAGGCAGGACCAGCAAUUCAGCAAGAAGUUACCUACUAAUAUCCAUAUUAUUAAUGAUCACAGCUUUGCAAAAUAUUGUGAUGGCAUAGGACAUCUCUUUACCACAUUUUUGUUUGUAUCACAUAUUUUGCAAUCAGGUUCCCACAUUCACUAUGAAACUUUGAAGACUAAGUAGUAUAAACCAAUAAUUCCUAAAUAUUUUUUUCUCAUCAAGGAUUAUUUUUAAGUAUUACAGUAUUUUGCCCCCUUUUGGCUACUCUGAAAUGUUACAGUGUGGUAUAAUGAAAAGAACAUAGAUGUUUGGGUCAGACAAAUGAGGGUCAAACCACAGCUCCAACCAUGUGUGUCCAUUGUGCAACCUUGUGUGUGCUUAUGUAUAUGAGAGGGUGCAGAGAGAAGAGCUUUAGGCAGCAAUUUCCAGGGCAUUGUAAACAUAGCUGGGCCCUUUGGAGAAAACAGUAAUGAUUGGAAUUGAGAGAGUCAUCACUGAAUUCCCUUUGACAUUAAAGACAAUCUGAGCUCCCUAGUUUUCUGUGCUAAUGAUAAGGAGAAAUUUCGUUCCAAUCAGAUGACAAUGUUGAUAUUUUCUUAACAGUGUUAGUUGAGAUGUGCUAGAUGUACUAGAAGGGAUGCCAGCUGUUCGUAUCAGUGGAGACCUGGCCCAGGGCAUUCAUAGCCCUGAAGUGUCUAAUCUGAGGGUUGUGGUAUAAUAGCCACAAAUCCCACAACACAAAGAUAGUCACUGUUAAUAGUAAUGCUGUUUUCAACAAUGGGCAGUCUACUUUUUUCCAAAUACACAUAUCCCAUGCUACUUAAAAUAUAAUAGUGUAGUUGUUAUCAAUCAUUGUAUGUAGAUACUCUAAAAAUUAAAAGAAAUGCCUAUGAUUUUCCAGUUUUGUUUUUUCUGUGUCCAAAAUAAUUUUAAAUUGAAACUUUUCCUUAAAAAAACACUAUUGAACCAUUUAUGUUUUAUCUUUAUGUACUAUUGUAAAUCUACUCCUUAUGAAUUCAAUUUACAUAUUCUAUUAAAAUGCACUGGGAAACUAAGACUACUUUGUUAAUAAGUGGUUAUAGCAUUAAAAGAAAGGAAUGGAGGUUAAAUCACUUACUGUGCUUCAUUUGGAGAAAAAUUUAUAUGUUCCAUGUGUCUCACCUUGGGCCAUCAAAGAUGGUAAUUUUCAGAGUGAUGAAUGUGCACGUAUCUAUAUAGUCCAAGUCACAUAAUCAACAAAAUUGUGUGUUGUUUUGACUUAGGCAAUGAUAUUUUAGCUCUGGAGUUUAAAUUUUGACUGGACGUCAACACCUGACCCUUAACACAUUGAGUAAGAUACAAGCAAGGAGUUCCGCACAGAUUCUUAGGGACAGUUCUUCCUCUGAUUAAAGCUUACAGUUGUUAGCUGUGUCUCAAUUGAUUAACAGAAAAGAAAAAAAAAAAAAAAGACCAAGGAAAAAGGCAA